GGGUGGGGGCGGGGGUGGGGUUGCAUGGCUUUGAAGGGAGCAGUUGUCCAGCAGCAGUUAUUCUGUGUCGGCGCCGGUCCAGCAGGGAGACACACACACAGGCUUUGGAGUGUCCUCCAGCGUGACCAUAUCAGCCAUGGAUCCUUCGUCCCGAGAUGUGGAGGACACUGAAGCCUCCACACCGCUACAGCCUCUGCAGGACGGGGAGUCCCCCGGCAGUCCUGGGGGUCCGGCUCCGUCCUGCUGGCGGCGCUACUCCAAGCCCUUCAUGGCCAUCGGUGUUGGCACGCUGCUGUUUGCUUUGGGCACCGCCCUGUCCCUGCUCUACUUCACCCAGGUGGGCCAUGUCCCCUACCUGCUCGGGCCGCUGUUCCUCUCUGUGGGUCUGAUGUUCCUGGUCACCGGCCUGGUCUGGAUCCCCGUGCUAAAAGAGUCUGGAGCACAAGCCGCUCACUAAGGUCAACCAUGAGAAGGGGAGCACAAUGACAACUGAUGGGGAACUAACGGGACCCAGGACCUAGCUGCUUUGGAAGCAUAAAGCAGUACGUAGAAAGGUGUGGGGUCACACUGUGGGACGGUAUGGACUUGCAUUGUGGGACUGGGACCAAACCAGGGACUGAAAGUUGUUUGAGCAUUCUUAAUUUGCAUCUGUCGAGCCGGAUAAUUAGACAUUUGGAUUCACUUCAUCCCUCAGUCCGACACCGGGUUCACGUCAAGCCGUUUUCUGUUUGGUGGGAUCAUCAGUUGGUUCAUUUACAUAAGAAAGAAUAGAAAAAAAUCUGCUUAAUAACAUGUAAUACUCAUCUGAGAAAUGGUUUUCAAUGAAAAUCAACUCUGCUUAUUAUGGACACAUAGGACACAUCGGUACAAUACACAAAAAGUAGGUAGUUAAUGAUUAACCAAUGGUCAGUUAAUGAGUAGAUACUCACUGA